UGCUCCCACGCCGUUAGCCCGGCAUCAUGCAUAGAACAACUCGAAUCAAGAUCACGGAGCUCAACCCCCAUCUCAUGUGUGCCCUGUGUGGGGGAUACUUCAUCGAUGCCACCACCAUUGUAGAAUGUCUGCAUUCCUUCUGCAAAACCUGCAUUGUCCGAUACUUGGAGACCAACAAAUACUGUCCCAUGUGUGACGUACAAGUGCAUAAAACACGUCCGCUGCUGAGCAUCAGGUCAGACAAAACCCUUCAAGACAUCGUCUAUAAACUAGUCCCCGGACUUUUUAAAGAUGAGAUGAAACGUCGUCGAGAUUUUUAUGCCGCCUACCCCCUCACCGAAGUUCCCAAUGGCUCCAACGAAGACCGAGGUGAGGUCCUAGAACAGGAGAAGGGGGCUCUGAGUGAUGAUGAAAUCGUCAGCCUCUCCAUUGAAUUUUACGAGGGUGUCAGGGACAGGGAAGAGAAGAAGGGCGCCCUGGAGAAUGGGGACGGGGACAAAGAGAAAAAGACAGGGGUACGGUUCCUUCGAUGCCCAGCAGCCAUGACAGUCAUGCACUUGGCCAAGUUUCUCCGGAAUAAGAUGGAUGUGCCCAGCAAGUAUAAAGUGGAGGUGCUGUAUGAAGACGAGCCUUUGAAGGAGUACUACACCCUCAUGGACAUCGCUUACAUUUACCCCUGGCGACGGAACGGCCCUCUCCCCCUCAAGUACCGAGUCCAGCCGACCUGCAAGCGGCUCCCGCUGCCUUCUGCGCCGGCCCCUUCAGAAGGCACCAACACCAGCGGGGCUUCAGAGUGCGAGUCGGUCAGCGACAAGGCCCCCAGCCCCGCCACCCUGCCCGCCACCUCCUCCUCCCUGCCCAGCCCAGCCACUCCUUCCCACGGCUCCCCCAGUUCCCACGGGCCCACGGCCACCCACCCAGCCUCUCCCAGUCCCUCCUCUGCACCAGGGGGCACCGCCACCGCCACCGCCACCAACGGCGGCACCUCGAACUGCCUGCAGACACCGCCAUCUACCAGCAGGGGGCGCAAGAUGACUGUCAAUGGUACCCCAGUGCCCCCCUUGACCUGAGGCCCUGUUUGGGCAGCCUCACCUCUCCACCCUUCCCUCUUUUUCUUGAUUUCUCCUCUGCCCUCCUGGACCCAUGCGCUCUCUACCUCACCCUCGGGGGUAGAGGGGCAGGGGUUGGGUUUUAUAAAUAAAUCUAUCUAUAUCUAUAUAUAUAUGUACAUAGGAAAAGCCAAAUAUACAUACUUAUUUUCUAUGGACCAGCCAGAUUAAUUUAAAAGCUGCAGGAAACAGAGACCUUACAUGUAUGUGUGUGCCGGUGCGGGUGCGGAUCUGUGCGUUUGGGUUUUCUUCAUUCAUUUUUAAGGGAACUGCAUGACUACUCUGGCUCUUUCCCCUUUUCCAUGGAACACUUGAGGCGGAAAGGGGAAGAGAAUGAGGGUCUUUGGGGUUGGCUCUGCCCCGGCUUCCUGCUCUCCCCUCUCUGUAAGGAAUGGGCAGAGGGGCGGAUCUGGUUCCGUUUGGGGCUCCCCUCCUCCAGGCCCUCAGAGCUCUAGGUAG